AUGAACAAGUACGCCAACGGCGUGUGCAACACCGAGUGCAACAAGCGAGUCUGUGGCUACGACGGAGGCGAUUGCAAUUCGAGCAACAAGCGCUUCAAGCUGGCCAACAAGUGCGACUUGUCGAUCGAUGUCGCUGUGAGCUACAUGACGAACGACGGUACAUGGGUCUCCCGCUGCUGGUACGAUGUCGAUCCUUUGACUACAACCACUCUGGUAUCUGAUUCCACUCCCUUGGUCAGCGCGAAUCUGGUUUGGUACGUGUACACCGAGGUGAGAACCGGGUUUCAUGUCUGGAGCGGCGACGCUGACCGACAAUGCAACGGCAGAACGCUCCCUUUCCGCAAGGUGACGGGUGCUGCCACAGAUUCCACUUGGGCGUACGCGUUUACAUGUGCAUAA